UAGAAGCAGCUCUCCACAGAGAUGAUGUGGAGUUUAUCAGUGACCUGAUUGCCUGCCUGCUUCAGGGCUGCUAUCAGCGAAGGGAUAUCACGCCUCAGACGUUCCACAGCUAUCUGGAAGACAUCAUCAACUACCGCUGGGAGUUGGAGGAAGGGAAGCCCAACCCUCUGAGAGAAGCCAGUUUCCAGGACCUGCCCCUGCGCACCCGGGUGGAGAUCCUGCACCGCCUCUGUGACUACCGGCUGGAUGCAGAUGAUGUCUUCGACCUUCUCAAGGGUCUGGAUGCAGAUAGUCUCCGUGUGGAACCUCUGGGUGAAGACAAUUCCGGAGCCCUCUACUGGUAUUUCUAUGGAACUCGAAUGUACAAAGAGGACCCUGUACAAGGAAAGUCCAAUGGAGAACUCUCCUUGAGCAGGGAAAGUGAAGGACAAAAAAAUGUCUCCGGUGUCCCUGGAAAAACAGGAAAAAGAAGAGGAAGACCCCCAAAACGGAAGAAACUACAGGAGGAGGUUGUAGCAAGUGAGAAGCAGGAAGAAAGCUCCUUGGCAUCAGAGCCACAGAAAAGAAAUGGGUCCCAAGGGCCAGGCCAAGGCACUUGGUGGCUCCUUUGCCAAACUGAAGAAGAGUGGCGACAGGUCACUGAGAGUUUUCGAGAGAGAACAUCACUUCGAGAAAGGCAGCUCUAUAAGCUACUCAGUGAGGACUUCCUACCUGAGAUCUGCAACAUGAUUGCCCAGAAGGGAAAACGUCCACACCGUUCAAAAGCAGAGUUGCAACCUAGGUGGAUGUCUGACCACUUGUCCGUCAAAUCCAUCAAACAAGAGGAGACUCCUGUGCUCACCAAGGUAGAAAAACAGAAGCGCAAGGAAGAGGAGGAAGAACGGCAGAUUCUUCUUGCUGUGCAGAAGAAGGAACAGGAACAGAUGCUCAAGGAGGAGAGGAAACGGGAGUUGGAGGAAAAAGUCAAGGCAGUAGAAGAUCGUGCCAAGAGGAGAAAGCUCAGGGAAGAACGGGCGUGGUUACUGGCCCAAGGCAAGGAGCUGCCCCCAGAGCUCUCCCACCUGGACCCCAGCUCUCCCACUCGGGAAGGCAAGAAGACAAAGGACCUCUUUGAGUUGGAUGAUGAUUUUACUGCCAUGUAUAAAGUUCUGGAUGUGGUAAAGGCUCAUAAGGAUUCCUGGCCCUUUUUGGAACCUGUGGAUGAAUCUUACGCUCCUAAUUAUUAUCAGAUUAUUAAGAUCCCCAUGGAUAUUUCAAGCAUGGAGAAAAAGUUGAAUGGAGGUUUAUACUGUACCAAGGAGGAAUUUGUAAAUGACAUGAAGACUAUGUUCAGGAAUUGUCGAAAAUAUAAUGGGGAAAGUAGUGAGUAUACCAAGAUGUCUGAUAAUUUAGAGAGGUGUUUCCAUCGAGCAAUGAUGAAACACUUUCCUGGCGAAGAUGGGGAUACAGAUGAAGAAUUUUGGAUCCGAGAGGAUGAAAAGCGGGAGAAAAGACGAAGUAGGGCUGGGCGAAGUAGUGGGAGCCAUGUGUGGACUCGCUCUAGGGACUCCGACGGGCCGAGCAGGAAACAGCAGCCAGUAGAAAAUGGAGGAAAAUCAUUGCCCCCUGCACGCCAAGCUUCCUCCUGUCGGGAUGAUCAGAGCAGCAGUUCUGCACAGCCCUCUCGGGAUGUGGGCACCUCCAAUGGCCGAGGCUUUUCCCACCCCCUGCAUUGUGGUGGGAUGCCCAGCCAGGCCCCCCUUUUAAACCAGAUGAGGCCAACGGUACCUGGAACAUUUGGUCCUCUUCAAGGAUCAGAUCCCACCCACUUGUAUGGUUCAUCUCAAGUCCCAGAAGCACACCCAGGAGAGCCCAUGCAGCACCAGCCCCUCUCCAUGCAGCCUGCAGUUGGAAUUGGCAGCCACGGAGGACCUCAGCUAGGUACUCCCGAAGAAAAGCUGAUGUGUGGGGGACUGACGCACCUUUCUAACAUGAGAUCCCACCCUGCUUCCCUGCAGCUUGGGCAGAUGAGUGGUUCCAGUCAUGAUGGAAACAUGUAUGCUCCAGCUCCAUUUCAGCCAGGGUUUAUUCCUCCCAGACAUGGUGGGGCUCCAGCUCGACCCCCAGACUUUGCUGAGAGCCCAGAAGCUCAUCCAAGCCACAUGUACCAGUCAUACAAAUACCUGAAUCGAGGACACUGUGUUGUCUGGAAUGGGAACCAUGGUGUUACCAACCCAGGACCCUUGGGGCCAGAUGAGAAGCACCCCCUGGGACCAGGACCCUCUCACCAGCCUCGAAACCUUGGUCACAUGAUGGAUUCCCGAGUGAUGAGACCACCUAUCCCUUCAAACCAGUGGCCUAAACAAUCAAGCUUUCUACCUCAUGGAGUUCCUUCUUCAGGAUAUAUACGACCACCCUGUAAGUCUUCUGGACAUCGGUUGCAGCCACCUCCAACCCCAGCAGCAAGUUCUCUAUUUGGAGGACCCUCCCCCACCCUACGGGGGGUACAUGGAGGGGACUCCAUGAUGGACAGUCCUGAGAUGAUCGCCAUGCAGCAGCUGUCCUCCCGCGUCUGCCCACCAGGUGUGCCUCACCACCCCUGCCAGCCCACUGCCCCCCAGUUCCCUGGCCCUUUUCCACCGGUGGCUCACUCAGCAUCAGUAAGUGUGUCAGUCCCCAAACCUGCUUCAGACAACCCUGAGAGGACAUGGGGUACCAAUGAGACACAAGUGCCUGAGAAUGACCAAGCAGAGCCCUUGCCUGGGCUUGAAGAGAAACUACCCAGCAUUGGUGCUUUAGAGGGGGUAUACCUCAAACAACUACCUCACCCCACGGCUCCCCUGCAGUCUGACUGCCCCAGACAGAGCUCCCCAGAAGAAAGAGAAACAGAGGGCCCAGAACUCAAAAGCAAUGCCUCAGAAUCUUCAGACCACUGUAAAACAUCACAGGGCAAGACCACUUGGCCCUCAGGCAGCAGCUGCCCCAGCCCAGCUUCCCAAGGCUGUAUGAGGGACCUCUCCACGACAGCAGGCAGAGAGGCUCUCCCUGAAAAUGGAGUCAUUGGUGAAGCAUCCCCCUGUGGGUCAGAGGGGAAGGGCCUUGGUGGCAGUGGCUCAGAAAAGCCACCCUGCCCCAGAGGCAACAUACUGCAGGAGACCAUUCCGUGUACAGGACAGAAUGCAGCUACACCCCCGUGUGCAGACCCCAGCUUGAUGGCAGGCACUGUAAGCCAAUUUUCCCCCUUGUACAUGCCUGGCCUGGAGUACUCUAAUUCAGCUGCACAUUACCACAUCAGUCCAGGCCUGCAAGGGUUGGGCCCUGUGAUGGGAGGAAAGUCAGCCAUGUCACAUCCUCAGCAUUUCCCCCCUAGGAGCUUUCAGUCUACCAGUCCGCAUCCUGGAGUCUUUCCCCGGUACCGGCCUCCCCAAGGAAUGAGGUACUCCUACCAACCACCCCCUCAGCCUUCUUAUCCUCACUACCAGCGAACUCCUUACUACACAUGUCCACAGGGCUUUGCUGACUGGCAGCGACCUCUCCAUCCCCAGGGAAGUGCAGGUGGGUCCCCAGCAGGUCACCCUCCUCCCCAGCGGUCCCUCUUCUCAGAUAGGAAUGCCGUGGCGGAUCUGCAAGGCUGUGAGACUCUGAGCACCUGCUUAACCUCCCCACCUCGAACGCAUGAAGUGGCUGCUAAAGUAGUCCCAACAGAUGGGCAGAAUCCCGGUCCAGAGGGAGAAAAGCUGGACGAAUCUGUGGAGAGGCCGGAGAGUCCCAAAGAAUUUUUAGACCUGGACAACCAUAAUGCAGCUACAAAGCGACAGAGUUCAUUGUCAGCCAGCGAAUAUCUUUAUGGAACGCCUCCACCGCCUCUGAGUUCAGGGAUGAGUUUUGGUUCGCCGGCUUUCCCUCCCCAUGGUGUAAUGCUACAAACGGGGCCUCCUUAUACACCUCAGCGACCUGCCAGUCAUUUUCAGCCCCGGGCAUACUCCUCCCCAGUGCCUGCCCACCCACCUCACUGCCCAGUGGCCACCCAAGCCAAUGGCCUUUCUCAGGAGGGGCCCCUCUAUCGCUGCCAGGAAGAGGGCCUUGGGCACUUUCAAGCUGUAAUGAUGGAGCAGAUUGGCACUGGAAGCGGAAUAAGGGGGCCUUUCCAGGAAAUGUACAGACCAUCAGGGAUGCACAUGCAUCCGAUCCAGUCUUUGCCCUCGUUCCCAAAGACCCCAGCACCAGCAGCAUCACCAGAACAGCUACCACCACAUAAACCCCCAACACUUCCUCUGGAUCAGGUGGCAGCACCACUGAGCUAAAUCCCUGGGCCCCUGUUUAUCUUCUAAGACAAAAGAUAGCUAGUUCAAGGAGGAAAUAAUAGCCCCCAAGGGAAUGGAAAGCUGCAUAUGAAGAAGACAGCACGUGGAGGAUUGGGGUGACCUUGCUCAACUCCAUUCCUAUCACCCGGCUCCACCACUUCACAUGAAUCACUCCAUGCCACCGGGAGCUGUUGCCACUACCCGGCCUUUGAAGCACACUCCACAGAUGACAGACUUGGAGCUGUCCCGGGCCAGCGGGCCGCCUGCAUGGCUGACAAGUUUGGGAAGAACAAGUGGGCCUGUAGUCCAUGCUGACUUCUCCAAAUCCAGGGACUUGUUCAGGGAAAUCACUUUGUACUUGGGAGGGAGCCUAGUAGGAGUGGAGUGGUGCUUUUAACCUUUCAUGAGCAGCUAAUCUCAGGUAUAUCUUUGGGGAAGGGACUACUUGUAGUAUUAAUGUUUUUGGAGCUGGGUCCAGUUUACAGAAUUUUCAUGUUGCCUUUUAAAAUAAUUUUUGUUGGUGGUGAAUGUAU